GGCCGUUUACCUGUGGGAAAAAAAAAGUAGCAGGGGUCUUCUCUGACAGGUAGGUCACAAAGUGGACUCCUCUCACUGUCAGCCGCCUCUUGGUCUCAGACGGACUUCUGGUUUCUCUUAGAAAGAAGCUUGAUGAGGCAACAAAUCGUGUUUAGAAGAGAAGAACAGACCAGAUAAAAUGCCCAGAUCAAUCUCCUUACGCAGCAUGAGAAAAUUGGGAGAGGAAAAUGAAAGCUUUGACUACAAUGAAUCCCCUGAUGUAAAUGGAUUUCAUGGGAAUGUGUACAAAGUGAACCAAUACAAACCAACAAAGGCUAAGAAAGAUGACGCCAGCAUCAGGAUCAGCUUCUUUCAACUGUUCCGAUUUGCCUCCUGCAUUGAUAUCUUCAUGAUGCUCAUUGGAAGUCUCUGUGCUUUCGUCCAUGGGCUUGCACAGCCUCUAGUUCUGCUUGUUUUUGGACUUUUAAUUGACACUUUUGUUAAGUACGACAUUGAAAUUCGCGAACUUCAAGAUCCUGAAAAAGAAUGUGUUAAUAGCACUAUUGUGUGGAAAAAUGGGUCGGAAUUCUUCCAUACAGAAAUGAACACAACUGUAGAAUGUGGGUUCUUAGAUAUUGAAGCAGAGAUGAUACGGUUUGCUCUGUAUUACGUUGGCAUUGGCUGCGGGAUCCUUGUCAUCGGGUAUUUCCAGAUCUGCCUAAUCGUGAUUGCAGCAGCUCGUCAAAUCAAGAAAAUCAGAAAACUGUACUUUCGUAAGGUCAUGAGAAUGGAGAUUGGUUGGUUUGAUUGCAUUUCUGUGGGAGAACUUAACAGCAGGAUGUCAGAUGACAUCAAUAAAAUCAAUGAUGCCAUUGCGGACCAAGUUGGGAUUUUCAUUCAGCGCUUCACUACUUUUAUUUGUGGCUUCAUGAUGGGUUUUGUUCAAGGAUGGAAGCUCACACUUGUCAUCAUUGCCGUCAGUCCUCUAAUUGGGGUUGGAGCUGCCUUAAUGGCUUUGUUUGUGGCUAAACUGACUGGACGAGAAUUACUGGCCUAUGCAAAAGCAGGUGCGGUAGCAGACGAGGUGCUUUCUUCCAUUCGGACUGUGGCAGCAUUUGGAGGAGAGAAAAAGGAGGUUGAAAGGUAUGAUAAAAAUCUGGUUUUGGCUCAGACCUGGGGCAUCAGGAAAGGUCUGAUAAUGGGAUUCUUCACAGGAUACAUGUGGCUCAUAAUCUUCCUCUGUUAUGCUCUGGCAUUCUGGUAUGGCUCCAGCCUUGUAAUCGACACUAUGGAAUAUUCACCUGGGACGCUACUACAGGUCUUUCUAGGAGUGCUUGUUGGUGCUUUGAAUCUUGGUCAAGCUUCACCAUGCUUGGAAGCAUUUGCUUCUGGCCGAGGAGCAGCAACAUCUAUUUAUGAAACUAUUGACAAAGAACCAAAUAUUGAUUGCUUGUCAGAGAGCGGAUAUAAACUGGAUAAGGUGAAAGGAGAUAUUGAAUUCCACAACGUGACUUUCCACUAUCCUUCCAGACCAGAUGUCAAGAUUUUAGAUCAGCUGAAUAUGGUCAUCCAAGCAGGAGAGACAACUGCCUUUGUUGGUCCAAGUGGAUCUGGAAAAAGCACGGCGAUACAACUCUUCCAGAGAUUCUACGACCCCAAAGAGGGCAUGGUGACUCUUGAUGGUCACGAUAUCCGAGGGCUGAACAUUCAGUGGCUUCGAUCGCUGAUUGGCAUUGUGGAGCAGGAGCCCGUUUUGUUUGCAACAACAAUUGCAGAAAAUAUCCGAUAUGGCAGAGAAGACGCAACCAUGGAAGAUAUCAUGCAAGCAUCCAAGGAGGCCAACGCGUACAACUUUAUCAUGGACUUACCCCAGAAGUUUGACACAAUGGUUGGUAAAGGUGGAGGUCAAAUGAGUGGUGGGCAGAAACAGAGAAUAGCCAUCGCUCGAGCUCUCGUCAGGAAUCCCAGGAUCUUGCUGCUUGACAUGGCCACUUCGGCCCUAGACAAUGAGAGUGAAGCUAUCGUUCAGGAAGCCCUUGAUAAGGUCCGCAUGGGUCGAACCACCAUCUCUAUAGCUCAUCGCCUCUCCACCAUCAAGAAUGCAGAUGUGAUCAUCGGAUUUGAACAUGGAAGAGCAGUGGAGAGAGGAAAACAUGAAGAGCUGCUUGAACGGAAAGGGGUCUAUUUCACUCUAGUGACCCUCCAGAGCCAAGGAGACAAAGUGCUGAAUGAGAAAUCCAAGGCCAUUGCUGAUGAGGAACUUGAGGACAGAAACUUUUCAAGACAUGGGAGUUACUGUGAAAGUCUAAGAGCUUCCCUACGUCAGCGAUCAAAAUCUCACCUGUCCAAUAUCUUUCCUGAAGUCUCCACGUCGGUAACUGGGGAUAUAGCCCUGCAGGCCUUCAGUGAACCAGACGACAUCCGAAGCAAGAGCGCUGUAAUUGAUGGUGAGGAAGAGGAUGCUGUAGAGCCUGCUCCUGUGAGCAGGAUUUUAAAAUACAACUCACCUGAGUGGCCUUACAUGCUGCUUGGCAGUAUCGCCGCGGCUAUCAAUGGCGGCGUAAACCCACUGUACGCCCUUCUCUUCAGCCAGAUUCUUGCGACUUUUUCACUGCCCAGUAAAGAAGAACAGAAAAGAGAUAUUGAUGGUGUCUGCGUGCUGUUUGUUUUCAUCGGAGUGAUAUCAUUCUUCACGCAGAUGUUGCAGGGUUACACGUUUUCCAAAUCUGGUGAAUUGUUGACUAGACGACUCCGGAAGCUUGGCUUCCAGGCCAUGCUGGGACAGGAAACGGGUUGGUUUGAUGACCACAAAAACAGUCCUGGGGCUUUAACAACAAGACUGGCUACUGAUGCAUCUCAGGUUCAAGGGGCUACGGGAUCUCAGAUCGGAAUGAUUGUGAACUCACUGACCAAUAUCGGAGUUGCCAUUAUUAUAUCGUUUUACUUCAGCUGGAAACUGAGUUUAGUCAUUAUGUGCUUUUUACCUUUUUUGGCUUUAUCUGGAGGCUUGCAAGCAAAAAUGAUGACUGGAUUUGCCAAGGAGGAUAAGAAGGCAAUGGAGUCUGCUGGGCAGAUUUCUGGUGAAGCGUUAACGAACAUCAGGACAAUUGCUGGCCUAGGGAAGGAGAAGAAGUUUGUGGAAAUGUAUGAAGCUCUCCUCAAGGAUCCUUACAAAUCAGCCAUUAAAAAAGCCAACAUUUAUGGACUGUGCUUUGGUUUUGCCCAGAGUGUGGUGUUCAUGGCAAACUCGGCAUCUUACCGGUAUGGAGGCUUUCUAGUGAGUCAGGAAGGACUUCACUUCAGCUAUGUGUUCAGAGUCAUUUCUGCCAUUGUGACGAGUGGCACUGCCCUUGGGAGAGCCUCAUCUUACACUCCUGAUUACGCCAAGGCUAAAAUAUCGGCUGCAAGAUUCUUCCAGUUACUUGAUCGAGUCCCAAAGAUCAGUGUUUAUGAUGGGAAAGGAGAGAAGUGGUCAAACUUUAAAGGAAAUAUCGACUUUAUGGAUUGCAAGUUUACAUAUCCUACACGGCCAGACAUUCAAGUACUGAAGGGACUGACAAUUUCUGUAAAAUCUGGACAGACCCUGGCCUUUGUAGGUAGCAGUGGCUGUGGAAAAAGUACCAGUGUCCAGCUGUUGGAAAGAUUUUAUGAUCCUGACCAAGGAAAAGUGCUUAUCGAUGGCCACAACUCAAAAAAAGUCAACGUGUCCUUUUUAAGAUCCCAAAUAGGGAUUGUAUCUCAAGAGCCCAUCCUGUUUGACUGUAGCAUUGCUGAUAAUAUAAAGUAUGGGAACAACUUUCGGGAAGUCAGUAUGAACGAAGUGAUAUCUGCUGCGAAAAAGUCCCAGCUGCACGACUUUGUGAUGAAACUGCCAAAUAAAUACGACACAAAUGUUGGGGCACAAGGUUCCCAGCUAUCUCGUGGACAGAAGCAGCGUAUUGCCAUUGCCAGAGCCAUCGUUCGAGAUCCCAAAAUUCUCUUGCUGGAUGAAGCCACGUCAGCUUUAGACACAGAAAGUGAAAAGACAGUGCAAGAUGCAUUGGACGAAGCCAGACAAGGCCGUACCUGCAUUGUCAUUGCUCAUCGCCUAUCAACCAUCCAGAACUCUGAUAUCAUUGCUGUAAUGUCCAAUGGAUACAUCAUUGAGAAGGGAAAUCAUGAUGAGCUCAUGGCCUUAAAAGGAGCCUAUUACAAACUGGUAACUACUGGAGCUCCCAUCAGUUAGCUGCCAUCUUGUUGAGAGCCUCAUCAUGCUUCACAUUUGGAGGUUCUUAUUGUUCUGAUUGCUAACUGCAGCUUUCUCCUCCAAGUUCACCUACCAAUGUGACUUUAGCAUUGCCUUUGUUGUGAAUUCAACAUUCUCCACCAUGAUGGCCUCCUGUUAUCCACCAUUGAUACUAUGCUGCUCAGCAACGACACAAAGAAAAAUAAUUCCACCCUCUUGAGGAUUUCUUCUCCAAUGAUUCAACACAUAGACACUGGCAUCCAAGUGCUAUGAUUCUCUUUAAAACCAUCCUUGUGUUUAUCAAUCUCCUGGGUUUAUUCUGUGUCUUGUGGAUAUAUUUGUGUCUUUUAGAUAAUUGCAUGCUAAAAACAUUUCCUAUUCAUUGCAAUGAUUUUGGAAGGCAUGGUGAUGCCUCACAGUCCCUUAAGAAAGUGUUCGUAUCCUAGCCUGGCCCCCUUUGAAGGAGAUUCAUAAUCCACCUGUUUUCAUGUGCAUCUCCUUUGACAUCAUAGAGAUGUCAAUGUUAGUUUAAGUGGUGAACCUGAACUGGCCUGACAUAAUUGAAUGUGAGUGUGUGUUGUGAGUCAGGAGUUGAUGGACUCUUUGUCCUUUGCCCUUCCUUUUGUGUGCCAUUUACCUCUGGUGACCACAGUUACAUUAAUCCAUUCCAGAACCCAAAAUACAUACCAAGGAGAUUCAAGUAAUGCAAAAAUGAGUUUGUAAUAAGUACAGUGAUAAUACAUGGGAGGGAUAAAAAAGGGACACCACAAAGUACCAAACAAACCUGGCUGAAGAGCAAAUCCUGGCUGCCCAACUGGGCCUAUUUAAAACAAAACUCAAACCCUUGUCCAGUGUAAAAACCGACAUACAGGACCAACACAGAACUUCCUUUUCUUAUCUCCUGUACCUUUCCAAUAUCGUAUCUGACUUCACUUUCUCCCACUGCCACUCCCAACCCCAAACUCAACUACAGACUGGCCAGGUGCCUGCAAUGACUUUCAAGUAUGUCCAAGAGGGCCACAAAUUCCCUUGGAAACACCUGGGCCUUACCUUCUAGAACUAAUAAAUGAAAAUAAAAUGCCAGGUUACCUGCCCAGUCCAGUGAGGAGCAGGGCAUGCAUGGAAAGCUGAAAGAACCUGUCGAGUCUCAGGCCUAGGGACCCAAAGGUCAAGGGAACCCUUUAGGAAAAUUGAACUUGAAGCAGGACCCAAGUGCAGUCGUAACGAUUUUGAGCACCCUGAAAGGUGUCAGUUUUUGGGUUAGAUGGAACCAAGAAAGAAGUGUCUGAUUUAUGUGAAAACUGAUGUAUUAAAUUAGUCUUCUGUA